CUGUCCAGUUGAGGAGAGGCUUGGCUUUGCAGGCACCAUGAAAAGCUUUCUUUCCUGGGCAGUCCUGGCAGUCCUUGUCCUGGUGCACACCUCCCAGGCAGUCUAUGUUCAGGAUGGAGACUUCAAAUUCCCCCUGGAGUCUGUGAAGAAGCUGAAGGAGCUCAUGGAGGGCAACAGACACAUCAACCCUCGCAUGAUGGUGCCCGUGGGCAGCUACUCCCCAUGCCAGGAGAAACACCUCCCUGAGGAGUUCAGGCCUGUGUGCAAGAGGGAAGAUGCACCCAUGAUUUUCAGGAGGCUGAGCCUGGCUGCUGAGGACGACCUGUGUGAGAUCUGUGCCAAUGCUGCCUGUGCUGGCUGCUUCUGA